AUGGCAACACAGGCGUACGUUACGGAAUUACAGGCAGCUCAGCAACAGUCACAACAGCAACAGGCGCAGCAACAGCCGGCGACGACGGCGACAACAGCGGCACCAGCAGCAGCCCAGCAACAGUAUGUAGCGGAAUUGCAAAGCACGCAGCAACCAGCUACUCAGAAACAGUAUGUCUCGGAAAUCCAGGCCCCACAGCCACAGGCUCAGGCCACCGGCCAACAAACUCCAACACCAGCCCCGCAGCAGUAUAUCAUAGUCACAGUGUCCGAAGGUGCCAUGAGGCCCAGUGACUCUGUCUCCGAGUCCAGCCCUGGCUCAACGGCCACACAGUCAGGGGUGCCAACACAGGUGGUGCAGCAAGUCCAGGCCACGCAGCAGAGGCUGUUGGUUCAAGCCAGCGUGCAGGCUAAGCCACCUUCGGUAUCCCCCCUCCAGCUAACAGGUGUGCAAGUGCCCCAGCAGCGGCUGGUGGUGCAGAGUACUUCCCAGGCUAGCAAAGGAAGCCAAGUCUCGUUGGCUGUGCACAGUGUUCAGCAGCAGGUCCAUUCUCCACCUGAGCACUCCGCUGUCCAGAGCAACAGCUCCACCGCCAAACCAGGACAAGUGCAGCAGCUUCAGGUGCAUGGAGUCCAGCAAGUGCCUGUCUCACAAGAGCGCUCGGUCGUGCAGACCGCCCCCCAGACCCCGAAAUCGGGCACAGUACAACAGCUGACAGUGCAAGGACUCCAGCAGGUUCACGUCGCUCAAGAGAGCGCAGGCAGUGAGUUCCCUGGUCCGGCUAGGAACUGUGAGCAGCAGCAGCCGCAGGCAGUGCAGCAUCCUCUCUCCUUAGAGUGUAGUAGCGGGACGCAUCCGCUGGCCAGCUGCUGUCUAGCCAGCCAAGAGCACAGGCUCCACUAUCUCCACUCGCUAGAAUCCACUUCGGAGCAGUGGGUGGAACUGGUCCGAAUGCUUCCUCAGCACCUCCUCCUCCCGCAGCAAAAGGUGGUGAUUGAGCAGCUGCCGUUCCUCUCCUCUCAUCACGCCAGUCCCGACCAGAGAGUCAAGAUUCAGAGAGUCCCUCAGGUGCUAGUGUUUGGGACAGCAGCUACAGCUCUUAAAGUAGGUCAUGGAGAGCAGCUGCCUGUCCAGCAUGUCUAUCCCAACCAGGUGCAGUAUGUGGAAGGGGGCGACGCCAGUUACACAGCGAGCACCAUACGUUCCAGCACUUACCCAUACACAGAGACCCCUCUCUAUACGCAGAGCACAGGAGCCAAUUAUUAUGAAUCGCAAGCCACCCCGGCGCAGGUCACCACUCCUGCAACCUCCCAGACUGUGGCCAGCACUGGAGCCGUCCCUAUGUACGUCUCUGGAGGGCAGAUCAUAGCCAAUCCGAGCGGAGGAGGUGGUGGAGGCGGCGGCGGAACAGGAACCUAUGUGAUUCAGGGAGGAUACAUGUUAGGAAGCUCCAGUCAGUCUUACUCCCACACCACACGUGCCUCUCCAGCAACUGUUCAGUGGCUGCUGGAGAACUACGAGACGGCCGAGGGCGUGAGCCUGCCGCGCAGCACCCUCUACUGCCAUUACCUGCUGCACUGCCAGGAGCAGAAACUGGAGCCAGUAAACGCAGCGUCUUUCGGCAAGCUGAUCCGAUCCGUCUUCAUGGGACUCCGUACCCGCAGGCUUGGCACACGAGGGAACUCCAAGUACCACUACUACGGCCUCCGCAUCAAAGCCAACUCACCACUGCUACGCCUGAUGGAGGAUCAGCAGCACCUGGCCAUGAGGCAGCAGCCCUUCUCCCAGAAGCAAAGACUCAAGCCCAUUCAGAAGAUGGAGGGGAUGACCAACGGGGCAGUGGUGGGCCAGCAGCCGGGCUCCGGGCUGUCUGACAUCAGUGCUCAAGUGCAGCAGUAUCAGCAGUUCCUGGAUGCAUCACGGACCCUCUCAGAGUUCUCUGAGAUAGAUCUACAAGGGAAACCUCUGCCCGACGGCAUUGGGGCAGAGGAUGUGAAGGCCUUCCAGCUGCUCUAUCGAGAGCAUUGUGAGGCCAUCGUGGACGUGAUGAUAAACCUGCAGUUCACUCUGGUGGAGACCUUAUGGAAGACCUUCUGGAGGUACAACUUGAAUCAGCCCAGUGAAGCCACCCCUAUAGCAGUUCACGAUGAAGCAGAGAAGCGUCUCCCAAAGAACUGCCUGGUGAUACUGUCCAAAUACGAACCUGUCCUGAAAUGGACAAAGGACUGUGACAACAUGCUGUACCAGGGGCUGGUGGAGAUCCUCAUCCCCGACGUUCUCCGGCCCAUUCCCAGUGCCUUGACGCAAGCGAUCCGAAAUUUCGCAAAGAGUUUGGAAAGCUGGUUAACCAACGCAAUGAUGAAUAUUCCUGAAGAGAUGGUCCGAGUGAAGGUGGCAGCAGCAAGUGCCUUUGCCCAGACUCUGCGGCGAUACACCUCCCUGAACCACCUCGCCCAAGCCGCCCGGGCUGUAUUACAGAAUACGGCCCAGAUCAACCAGAUGCUGAGUGACCUCAAUCGAGUGGACUUUGCAAACGUCCAGGAGCAGGCCUCAUGGGUGUGCCGCUGUGAGGACCGCGUGGUGCAGCGUCUGGAGCAGGAUUUCAAGCUAACCUUGCAGCAGCAGAACUCCCUGGAGCAGUGGGCGGUGUGGCUGGAUGGGGUGGUCACCCAGGUCCUCAAGCCCCACCAGGGCAGCUCCAGCUUCCCCAAGGCCGCCAAGCUUUUCCUCCUCAAGUGGUCCUUCUACAGCUCCAUGGUAAUCCGGGAUCUGACCCUGAGGAGCGCUGCCAGUUUCGGCUCCUUCCAUCUCAUCCGGCUCCUCUAUGAUGAGUACAUGUACUACCUGAUAGAGCACCGAGUGGCUCAGGCAAAGGGAGAGACCCCCAUCGCUGUCAUGGGAGAGUUUGCUAACCUGACGAGCUCCUUGAAUUCGCUGGACCCAGACAAAGACGAGGAGGAGGAGGAAGAGGAGGAGAGUGACGAUGAGAUGCAGCAGGAGAUUUCCCUCAACUCCAAUGACUCCACCAGUCUGACAACCGAGCCCCUGGAACCCCCCUCCAAGCUCUCACGGACGGACUCCAGGGGGAUCUUUGUGCAAGCCCUGCCUUCCAGCUAGAGGCCAGAGAGACGCCUGCGUGGGCCUGGAGUCAGAAUCACCCAGCCAGAGCUGAGUCCUGUGUCCCAGUUCCUCCCGGCGGCUUCCUAGCGAUAAAGAUGAGCUAUUUCUUGUCUCCAAGUGGUAUGCAAAGCGCUUUCAUUUCCGACCCCUGCCCCCAGCUGAGCUCCGGGCUAGGCCCCCCUCCCUGUCACAGGUGCUUUGCUGCAGAAGGCUUGUGCAGUGAGGGCACCCGUUAGGAGGGAGGGGAAGUAAGAUGCCAUUUAACACCACUACCGCCCCUCACCCCUGCUCUGACCCCACAGGCCUGGUGGCUCCUGCAGGGCUGCUCUCCUGCCAUGUGGGGCAGCAGCUCCCUCCUCAGCCAGGCACAUGGCUGCUAGGCUCCAGCUUCGCUGCUUUUUACUUUGCCAGAUCUGGCAGAGAGCAUCCUAGAACUUCUUAACCCAUCCAGCUGCAGGCGCCCCUCACCUGCCAGCCCCUAUUAGCUGUCAGAGCCGUGUUCCAAUGGGACAGUUCACUUGGACUCUCACCCAGGCAGUGACUGGACCAGCCCCCCUGUCUACAUGGGCCCAAAAGGACGUCUCCCCUCGUUUUUUAGUGGCUAAGGGACUAGUGCAGGGGAGCCCCCAGCAGGGCUUGUGGGGCUGGCCAUGCUAGCCCCUGGCUGACAUCAGAGGUCAUUUAUAAAUGACUCCCAUUGGCAAAGGCAGAGUGGCCAGCUCUGUGUCAUCAGAGCGCUCGGCCGCCCUGGGCAAGGUUCCAGGGCCCAGCCCCUUUGCUACCCGCACUGCUCAGCGCUGCCCUCUCUCACCUGUCGGCCUGCCUGCACAGGGCUGAAAUCAGGAGUCCGAGGCAGCUCCAGCCUGCUCUGUGCAUCCUCAGGGGUCGCUCGCCAUACAGGGGACGUGCAGCAGAACCCACGUGCCUUAGGGAACAUGCAUUUGUUGUGCCAUAUGCGUCAACUGUCGGAGCAUCCCCAGGCUGCCAGAGAAGCCCCGGCCAGGAGGCUCCUUAGAGAACAGGCUGGGGCAGGGGAGAUGGACGGGGGAUGAGCGGAUAUUUCUCCUCUCGGCCGCAGGGGGGGAUUACGUCAGAGAACCAGUGGAACUGGUAAAACCAUGGCCAGAAGACCAACAGGCUCCUUAGUGGGCCCCAACCUGGCUGAGGUGGGCGAGAGCAUGAGCCGUGGCAAAGCCACCCUGGCAGCGAUCGUGUCGGGGAUCACUGAGUCCGUCACUGCCUCCUGGGGAGUUGGCUCUGGGGGUUACAUACCCCUACCCACCCCCGCCUGCACAAUCCCUCGCAGCUUCGUUCUCCUCUCCGCUAAAUAGUUUGGUACAGUCGCCUGGAAUCUCCUUCCCCAUCCCGCACAUCACUGCUGGUUGGUCCAGCGGGUUCCAGGAACCGGGGGGGCAGACGUCCUUUCCCCCCGGCCUAUUUCAUUCCUGGUCUUGGAUCUCUUCUCUCUCUCUCGUAUAUUUUCUCCCUCUUGGGAUCUCAGCCCUCAACAUUCCCAUCCUUACACGAAGCUGUUCUCCCAGCGGCCCUGCUUAAAUCCUCCCUGGUCGACCCAGUGAGCUCUGGCUGCUCGUGCUAACGGGUGUCCGAGAUCCAGUGUCUGCAACCAGCAGCCUCGUCUGGGGCUCCUGCUCUUUGUCUUCCCAGCCGGCAGGCAGGACCUGGAGGAAUAUGAGUCCCCCGAGAGCAGAGCUGUUUCACAAGCAGUUCUUCACUGACAGCGCCUCUGGCUACUUGCGAUGGUUACACUACAGCUUUGUCUGCAGUGUAGCCCUAGAGUUGAGCCCUGUCUGCUCUCUGCCCACGGUCCUAGCUCUUCAUCCCACGAAGCGGCCAGUGGUCACAAGACCUGGAGACCUUCUCCCCUAGCCGUCCCCACGCAGGAAUCCCCUGGCAAGUCCAGCUGCUGCCGAAGCUCCAGCUCUCCAGGGCAGCGCGAUGGCUGGCUCCAGGGAGGGUCUGCUCGGCCACACGGCACGCAGCCUCCCAGCUCUGCCCCGUAUGCCAGUCUGUGUUGUGGGCUGUGUUGCCCCUGCUGCUAGUGCUGCUUUGCACCUGGCACUGCCUUACCGCCUGCACCCCUGCUUGCUGUUGCUGGGCUGGCAGCUAGUGCAUCGCAGCUCUGUACACUUGGCCAGUGCUCCCAUACUGGGGGCCUCUUAGUCUCUCCUACACAGCACCCCCUUACACACCAUCCCGGACGGACGCUCUGAUCUUCGGUCAGGCAGCUGGCCCAGCCUUUCCUAUUCCCCUUUCCGCUGCAGCCCAUGAAGUCCCAGGGACAGGCCUAGGAUACAAGGCCAAGCAAACUGCUCCCGCUGGGGCAGCCUGCCGUGUUGACAGCAAGCCACAGGGGCAGCUGGAGCAUCGAUCUCCGCUCAGGCUGUAGGAGAAGGGGCUCAGGCAUGAGCUGGGCUGUAAAGGGAGGGGUUCUGAGGAGCAGCAUUGCAGGACCCAGGGGCAGUUUAAAAUGUCUGAAUCCUCAUAUUGGGGGCUUCCUGGCAAUCGUAUUCAUCCCCAGAUCUUGAUCUACCCCCUGAAAUCUCCCCCCCCCCAAGAUCGUAAGGUGACCUCUGACCUCAUCUCCAUAGAGAAAACUCAGGUGGCUGGAGGGUCUGAAUAAGAGACUGUUCCCUGCCCUCGCGACAUACUGUGGGUUUAGAGCUCAUCAGGCAGACAGCCCGCCAGCUCUGCUGCUCUCUGGCAUUUCUGAAUCAGCCGGGGCCAUGGAUUCCCGCAGAUCCAGUCCCCGUGGGCAGGGCUCAUCCUGGCAGCAUGUCAGGUUCGCAGGAGCUGCAGGGAGAGCGAACGUCUCAAGCAGCAGGCACACCAGUGAGGCCCUGGUGCUCCCCUUAUUCAUUCCCACAUAGGGUAAGAAACUGUGUCUCCACUAACCUCCCUCCAGGGCAGGGCAUUUCUACUUGGAGGUCCAGGAGAGCUGUGGAAGGCUGGGGCCUCCUACAGUGACCCACAGCCCCUGGCAGGGACCCCCCCCUGCCAGCCACCACCCCAGCAAUACCAGGGCAGACAGGGCAAAGAGGGGGAGUGAAUCCAGACAAGGCAUCAGCAAGGUCUCAGCCCAUUAGGGUGGAGCGAGGCUAUGGCAGGGGGCAGUGCCCCAGCAAUCAGCUGGCCUGGGAUGGGGGGUGGGGAAACAGCAUUUUCCCCUUGGCAGUUCUCCCAGGGGUGGGGGGACUUCAGCAGCCAGGGGAGGCUACACUAUGUCCCUUGCUUUCCCCCAGCCAGUCAGAGCGAGGGGCCGUGUUCUGGCUGAGGUUUUGGGGAAUGGAAUAAGGGAAGUUUCCCUACACGCGCCCCCCCGACCUGCGCUCCUCUCACCCUGCUCCCUCAUGGCUCAUCAGGAGUCCAACCCUCCAUGCCAUCUCCUGUGAGUGCACAGAGCAGAGCACCCCCUGGUGUCCCAUCUGCACAGAUCGGCGCACGGACCUUGCCUAGUUAGCUAGCAGAGCGCAGGCGGCUUUGAAUUUCCCUGGACUCCGAUUGCAGCCAGUUCCCUCCCCUUUUCCAGGUACCUGGCUUUGUGUUCCCCGUAUUGCUGUUUUAAUUGGCAUGGCAAGGCAGGAUGGCUCCUUUUGCCCGUGUAACAGGAACCCACUCAUUGUCCAAGUGCAAUUCCAGCUGGGUGCUGCACUGCUUUAGACGAGGACUCUUCCAUAGAAGAAUCUCUGCCUCCAAAGGACCUGCACCAGGGCCCGAGCAGACACAGCGCCCAGCACCUUCCCCGUCUGCAAGAGCUGCUGGCUACUGAGCAUGCUCAGUGUCUCCAAGGCGGGGCCCUACCCAGGUGCCAAAUCCCCCCCCACUUCACAGACUAGUGUUGAAACCCCUGCAGGUGAUUUGCUGAGAACUGACCCAGGCUGUAGCUCCCAGUCCUGCAGGGCUAGGGCAGAGGACACAGCAAGGCCCAUUCGCUUUCCCUAGUGGAGAGAAUGAGGAUAACUGAGCUCAACACCCCUUCUUCUGGCCACCAGCCCAGCCUCAUUUAGAUCCUAGCCAGCUUCCAUGGUGCCAGGCCACUGCCGGCACGUCUCACAGCAAAGGGUCCUUGCCGCUUGUCUGUCUUCUACAGCUUCCCCCUCAGCUAGCAAAACGUCCCCGUUUCCCACUGCAAACCCCGCAAGAGGGGACUCCCCCCUCCCACUGUGAAAACGGCUAACGUCAACACAGAGUUCUCAUGCCUACCUGGGACGCUGACUGCCACCUGCCAGAGCUCAGAGCCACUGUGAGCUUCAGACCAGCCCAGGGCAAGCGAAGACGCAUUUCACACCCCCGCAGGGGUUAGAGUAUCAUAGCCACCGCUGGAGAAACAUCCACCAGCUCUGGCGACCCUGGUCCAGCAGCUGGAAGGGAGGCAGCAGCCACCAAAAACUUCAAGAAAUAGGUAGUUUCACAUUGUUUGCUUCCAGCCGAAGCAUUAGGACAAUACGAGGGCAGCUGUGCCCCACCCCCUCCGCAGUUUAGUUCCCACCUGGCUUUGGCUUUAGGAACAUUCAAGUCCUGUCCAGUCACGUUGCAAUUCAGACUUGUGGCAUAAGCCCUCUGCUAAAAGCUACCUGCCCUCCCCCUCCUGCGCUGCACCCCCACAGAGCAGGAUGGCCAGAGACCCGAUCUUGCCUUUCUUUUGAGUUGCUGCCUUAUAAAAAUACCCUCUCCCACAGGUAGCUUCUGGGCUGGCUGGGAGACAAUUGAACCCAAGGUCAGUCAGUGGGUGGGUCUGUGAUCUUGCUUAUCCCCUGGCUUUGCUCUGAGUGAACAAAUCAAAAUUCUCCUUGGCGUCCCUCCUCUACGCUAGUAAUCAAGAGCCCAGGCAGUCAGUCUCGGCUACUCUCCGGAAACCAAGCUCUACUCUACUGGUUUGUAAUUGAAUAUUAGAUAUUCUAGUUUUAAAGAGGAAAAGAAAUCUGUGCUUUUGUAUGUAAUGACUAAUCCUUACUCUAUAAACCACUUAAAUAUUGUGAGAUUGGUGAAGCUAUAAAUUACUUGAUAUUUUUGGGUUUUUUCAACCAUCAUGGCCUUAUUUGUUCACUUUUUCCAGUGGUUUAAACCUGUGAGAUAGAUGUUUAUUGCAAAAAUCUACAUAUUGUAUAAAAUAUAUAUUUUGUGUCAAUCUUCUGUGCAGCAGCAGCAGCAGCAGCAGCUGUGGGCUGUGCUGCAGCCUUCACGUGGAGUGUGAAGAGCUUUUGUAGGUGUCCCGGCCCAGGAGAUGGGCAGUGCCUGUGAUCGGAUGAUGUAGACGUGUGUAGUCUAGAGUGCAAACGCUGUUUUCUACCUUUUGUAGUUCUUUCUUAAGAGAAAUAAAUUCAGCCGUGUUCUUUG